GUUUUUGUAAGCUUUCCAUUUCUUCUUGUCUUUUUUUUCUAAUCCAAUUUUACAGAAAUUAGAAAUUCCAGUCAUAAUUUUUUAUUUCAGCAUCCAUACAAUUAUUCUGGUUGUGACAUACGAAAAUUAAAAUUGAAAGCAAUGGCUAUCUUUUGUCUAAACCUUUACUUUUCAUGAAUAACAACAAUAACUCAAAUUUAUUAUAAUUUCUAAUGAUAAAAUAGUUCCGCGAAAUUGUUUCGUGCGAAUAUUUUAAUUAAUCGUAUGUUCUAUUAAACCCUACUUAAUUUAGCACGUCUACCAAAAUAUCAUUUUGUUUUGGUCGCUUAAUAUUUAUAAAAGAUUAUAUCUAAUUUUUUUUUAAAUUUAUUUAUACUCUUAUUCUAUAGAAUACAAUACCUAACUUUAAAUUUAGUUGGUUGAAACACUUAUUUUUUGUAUCGUUCUUGCUUCAUAUCUAUCUACUUAUUUGUUUCUUAGCUUUAAACCAUUUUUUUCUUUUUAAUGCUUUUAAAGUAGUUGCAAACGCGAGAAAUUCGAAAUACAUUUGGGUGUGUGUAUCAUAAUACUAAAUAUUUUCGUCGUCAGGUUCCAUGUGUAUCAUUACAGUCAUUAAUAAAAUUUAUAAAGAAUUUUCAAUUUAAAAUUCUUUUACUUUUUUUCUUGUUCACUUAUUCCAGUAAUGGUUUACAAAAAUUAAAAAGAUACAAACAUUCCUUAAGCUUUCUUUACGCACAAAUUUUUAAAUUGUUGUCAUUUGGAAUGUGUCACGUGUAGAGGGUAAUAUUUAUAUUUAGUUAAUUUUACUUUUGUUAUUUGAAUUUCGCUUUGUAAUACUCUUGAUAAAAGAAUUGAAUUUUCGUACCAUUUUUUUUAAGUUUCAUAAACAAAAAAUUACUAAAUGAUGUUGCCUGAUCAUCAUAAAGAUCCAAGACAAUUGCGUAAUUUUAGUCCAUCAAUGCACCAAACUGCUAUAUUUCGACCACAUACACCUCCUCAAGCGAAUCCACAAACACUACCCAGUGGAUCUAUGCAAUUAAAGUCAUAUAUGCGACCAAGUCAGUCUAUACAGAUGAAUGCAUCAUCGCCACCUGUGACAUCACUACGGCCUAUGACAUCUAUGCGACCUAUGGGAUCUAUACAACCUAACUCCUUAACUCGACUCAAUGGAACUAUGCAGCAAAAUGUUUCCCAAAGGCCUACUGGUGUUAUUCAACCCAAUGUAUCAGUACGAUACAAUGGACCUUUGCGACCUAAUUCUUCUCCGCGACCAAAUGCAAGCAUGCAGCGUACUUUUUCUAUGCGACCAAUGGUUCCACAUCCACCGUUACCUGCUUCACAGUCAAUAGAAUCGUUUCGACCUGUAGUCGAUUCGGGGCCACCGACGUUUCCACGUCAAGGCUCAUCUAUGAACAUAAGUUCCUCCAUUCCACGUCCUCCGGCUACUCAACAAUCUCCAUCCUUUCAGGAAACUUCAGUAUUUCCUAAGACUCAAUCGAUUGAAAAGAAAAAUGUACCGCUACCGGGUCAUGCGAUAAACAAAAAACUAAGUAGCACGUUUGAUCGGCUUCCACCAAAAAAUGUCAUGGUAUCGCAGAUGGCAGCAAGAAGGAAUAGUGAAGAAGUUUUAUCUUAUAAUCCUUUGCAACAUAGUAUGGUUAUGAAAUCUUCAGCAAUUACUCGAUCAAGUCCAGUUAAUGAUCCUAGAAAUCAAAUACAACAAAACAAACAUGCAAAUAAUCCUUCCAUUAUGCAAAAUCAUAAUAUGAUGGGUAAACUACCGCCAAUGCCUCCGAUGAAUCAACCGACAUCACGAAAGGCGGAUGCUGCAAAUUUGUUUCCUAUUCAACGGCGUUCUUCGCAAAUAGAAUACAGUCCGAAUCUUAUGAGUAAUUUCUCAAACCUUAAUACACCCAAAAAUUCGGAAACACCAAAUCAAUCAAAACAUACACCCUUUUCUAGCAACUCUCCGAUGACCCCAAAAGUACAACAAACCCCCAUUGUUCAGAAAAAAGUUGAAACAUCUGAAAAUAAGAAAAAGUAUACUUCAAACUCAUCGUAUGAUAAUGUCAAUAACACCCAAGCUGCUGACGUAUUGAAAGGCAAGAGCUUGAGUCUGGCAAAUCAUACAGAACGUCAUGUACCGAUGCACGCCGCUCAAUCGAAUUUAGUUGAGAAAAAUCCCGUUAACUUAUCUCAAGAAAAAAUUUUCUCUGAUUUUUCACAUACUCCAAAACACGGCGCUGUGUUGCACCCCAACGUUCAAUCUCAACAGAAACCUUAUGAAUUGACACAAUCUACGCGUGAACACCCACUUAAUGUACGGAAUUCAACAAAUGAAUCUUCUUAUUUAGAAGACGGUCUUAGAAACACAAACCCACCCAAUGAAGAGAACAAAGAGUUCCAUUAUUCUCAAGGUAAUUCUAAGGAUCCGCAGGAGAAGUUAAAAGUAGAUGAACUUUCUCAUGCCCCUAAGGCGAUUCAGAAAGAGUUCGGCUUACCUCAGUUACCUCAAUCAUCGGAAACUUCAGGCUUAACUUCGCAAGUAACAAAAAAAUUACCUGUGUCUCAAUCUCCUCACCCAAACGUUUCUACGGAAGUUUUGUCAUAUAACAAGCAAUCAGACCAAUUGUUGCAUCAAAACAAUUCACAUAUCUUGACAGAAAAAUCAUUCUUAAAACAAAUGCCACCUUUAAAAAACACGACUGAUUACAAUAAACAAAAUUUUAAAGCACAACUUGGACCUACCUCUACUGAAAAAUUUAAGAGUCUGGGCUCCUCUCUUCUUCCUAAUAAAGGAGCUAUUGAAAUUUCUAAACCUAGUGAAUCACACAAAAUUUUACCUUCGAUUCAUGAUGAUUCGUUGCCUAAGUCCAAUCCAAAUUCAAGGAAAUUCGCAAAUAAUGCCAAUUUAAUGAAACCAACUAAUGUCAAGCCUUCCAUAUCAUCAACAUUUCAAAAAUCCUCAGUUCCAUCUAAGCUUAAAACUGAAUAUGCUGAAUCAAUUCCUAGGCCUUUAACCAUUGAAACAAAAAGUUCUAAUAAUUCAAGUAACCGUUUUAUCAAUCAAUCGAAUUCAAGUGAUAUGAAAAAAAACCUUUUCAAGCAUCAUUCAGGAAGCAGUUUAAUGAGUAAAGCAUUCAACUCAAAUCAAAACAAUUGCACUCCCUAUUCAGAUAAGGAAGCAAAGUUAUAUGAUGUUAACGCCAAUAUGAAUAGUCAUAUUUCAAGGGGAGUUCAAACAUAUGAAUGUUCACGUGACGAUGAACGUCCGAUUCACCUUUAUAGUGACUUAUCUGAAAAUCUAGUAGGAAUGCCGUGUAUCAAUCAGCUAUGUAUGCUAACGAAGAAUAACAAAUCAAAAUUAAUGUGCAUUCAAGACUCUUGCGUACAUAACUGUGACGGUAACCUACUCACGUUACCAAAACUUUCAAAAAAAAAACCAAUUCAUUCGAGUUGCUUUGCUCUACAAGCCGCUAAUAACCGGCAUUUAUGUAUAAACGGAGAUAUGAAUAUGUACGAAUUGUUUAAUGAUUGUUUAUUACCACGGAAAAGCAUCUACGUUGAUCCACAAAAGCUUUUAUGCUGGACAAGUCGCGUCCCCUUUACGUUACGAGAAACUUAUUUAUACGAAGACUUAACAAAAGGUUUUAAUGAUUAUUGGGAAGAAAUUCGUUAGGAAACCAUGUGACGAAGAAUAUUUCACAUAUUUUGAUAAGUCAUAGAACAUUUAGAUUUACUUUUUUUUGAACGAAAAAAUUUAAAAAGACACUAUUGUAGACGUUUUUCUAAGGAGUUCCCUUUUAAAAUUUUUAGCAAUCCAUACUUUUUAUUCUAAAAA